AUGACACGUGGAAGAUAUCAACAUCUUGCACCGCCAUCGAAAGUGGCUACAAAAAAUCAUCUUCGUAUCUUUGGUCAUGUAAUAAAGAGACCAGUAGAUCGCCUUAUUCAACAAGUUUUGAAGAGUCUGUCGGAUUCAAGCUGGAAGAGACCACCUGGCCGAAAACGGAAGUUUUGGAAUGAGGUGGUGAAAGAGGACUCAGCGUGGAUAGACAGUCUAGGCGAGACGCAAUGUUUCGCAGGAUAUGGAAUAGUGACGAAUGGAUCGAUUCCGUGCGAGCGCUCGCAGAAGAUCGAGAAGGUUAGGCAGAGCUAUAUUCAAGGACAACACACCUCGGCGACGAUGCCGGUAGUCGUUUGGCGAUGA